AUGGGUACCACGCAAUCAAGAAGGCUCUAUGGCCGCCGGAUCACCGGCACGCGCGCGGGCCACGGCACGCGGUCGGCGGCGCCGGCGAGCAUGACGCUUGCGCGGCACCCGAUCGUCGUCGCUUUCUGCCUGUGCGACUGCAUCGAGUCGCUCUUCCACUCGCUUAUCAACGCCAUGGCGACGUACCCGGAGGACGCCAAGGCGUACACGACGUCACAGACGUCCGAGCCGCACAAGUACGAGGUCACGCGCCACGGCUCGUCGCACACGUACGUCGUCGUUCUCGGCGCCGGCGCGAGCCGGUUCCUCUGCAGCUGCACCGGCUUUCACUACCGCAUGCACGCUUGCAAGCACGUGGUGGCCGUCCUCGUCGCGGCGAUCGAGGUCCAGACCGACAGAAAACUCAACCGCGCCAACCUGCUGGCGCCGCUGGACUUUACCGACGCCAACGUGAUGGUGGCGUCCAAAAACGCGGUCGCGCUCGUCCACGAGCUCAUCCCGCAGGUCUACUGGGCUGACGUGUCCAUCUUCAAGUCGAUGUUCCAGCUGUUCACCAACUUCUCGGACGCCGGCUCAAGGCUGGCGCUGCCGCAGACGGCGCAGCAGAUGGCGAGCGAGGAGAUGGUGAACGGGUUGUCCCGGCGCAUCCACGGCUCGCCGCUGCGGCUCCCGGCUCCGCUGGCCAGCGUCCUCGGGUCGACGCCCACGGACGGAGGGGGCGACUACCUCCUCCAUCACCUCACUUACACACUCUCUGUCCUCUCCACACCCGACAUUGUGGACCUCGGGUCGACGUGCAAGGUGCUGCGCAGCAUGGUGCUCGGCCUCCCGUGA